AUGCGGGCAUCCUGGAAAGAUGAUCUGGAAGCGACGGCUGCCGAGCUCACCUAUGGCACUUCUCUUCGGCUACCGGGAGAGUUUUUUGAUGAAACCAAAGACAACAAGCUCACACAUCAACCAGAGUUCAUCACAAACCUGAAGGCAGACAUGGCAAAAAUAAGACCAAGACAAACGAGUAACCACUCGAAGCAAGGCACCUUUGUGCAAAAGCAAUUAGAAACAUGUAGCCACGUGUUCGUAAGGGUAGGAGCGAUUAAACCACCACUUACCCAACCAUACGAUGGACCUUACCGCGUAUUAAGCCGCAAAGGGAAGGUAUUUAUCGUCGAUAUUAAGGGCAGACGCGAUCCAGUCUCGGUCGACCGUUUGAAGGCAGCAUUCAUCGAUAAUGAGGAACGACCAGCCCAAGCGCAAGAAGUUUGUACGCCAUCAGAGGAGGAGCCCGCGCACUACAAAACGCGUUAUGGACGCACAGUGAAGGUUCCCCUAAAGUACUAA